CUUAAGGAGAGCUGGCGGUGGGCCUGGACAACAACUUACUGCUCGCUCCCCCUCGGCCUUGUCUUGCGUCUUUUCCCCUCGUUCCUUUUCCCAAAAUCUUUACGGAUUCUAAUCUAUCAAUUUGUCUGUGCUCGAGAUUUGGCCUCACUUUUCAUUCCUGAACACCAACCCCCCACUUAUAUACCCCCCACCUUUCCAAUGCUUCAAGUUCCAGUGCGGGAGCACACCAACGUGGCCUCCACCAAGGCUGUGAUCUUGGUCGGAGGUCCGUCUAGAGGAACGCGCUUCAGGCCUCUGUCCCUUGAUAUGCCCAAGCCCCUCUUCGAAGUCGCCGGUCAUCCUAUUAUCCACCAUUGCCUGAAAGCUCUCGCCAAGAUCCCCGAUAUUCGUGAGGUCAUCCUCGUCGGCUACUACGAUGAAACCGUCUUCCGCGACUUCAUUAAGGACUCCGCCAAGGAGUUCCCUCAGUUCAAGAUGCAAUACUUGCGUGAAUACACGGCUCUGGGCACCGCUGGCGGUCUCUACCAUUUCCGCGAUGCCAUCUUGAAGGGCAAGCCCGAGCGCAUUUUCGUCCUCAACGCUGACGUCUGCUGCUCCUUCCCCCUUGGCGAGAUGCUCAAGCUGUUCGAGGAGAAGGAUGCGGAGGCCGUCAUCCUUGGAACAAGAGUCAACAACGAUGCCGCCACCAACUUCGGUUGCAUUGUUUCCGAUUCCCAUACCAGACGGGUUCUGCACUACGUUGAGAAGCCUGAGUCGCACAUCUCCAACCUCAUCAACUGCGGCGUCUACCUCUUCGCCACCGAGUGCAUUUUCCCCUCCAUCCGCAGUGCUAUCAAGCGCCGUACCACCCGCCCUCGCCUGCUGUCAUACCCUUCGUCCGAGAACUUGGAGUCCUCUUUCAUCGCAGCGGAGGAUGAGGCAGAGAAGAGCGAAGUCCUUCGUCUGGAACAGGAUAUCCUCUCCGAUCUGGCCGACAGCAACCGUUUCUUCGUCCACGAGACGAAAGAUUUCUGGCGCCAGAUCAAGACGGCCGGCUCCGCCGUCCCCGCCAACGCCCUUUACCUCCAGAAGGCCUUCCAGGCCGGAUCUGACGAACUGACCCCUCCUUCCGCUGCCAUCGUGCCCCCAGUCUACAUCCACCCCUCCGCAACAGUGGACCCGACAGCGAAGUUGGGUCCCAACGUUUCCAUUGGUCCCCGUGUGGUCGUAGGCGCAGGCGCUCGUAUCAAGGACUCAAUCGUGCUGGAAGACGCCGAGAUCAAGCACGACGCAUGCGUGAUGCAUUCGAUCAUCGGCUGGAGCAGCCGCGUUGGCGCCUGGGCCCGUGUUGAGGGUACGCCGAUCCCCACAGGCAGCCACUCGACCAGCAUUGUCAAGCACGGCAUCAAGGUUCAAAGCAUCACCAUCCUGGGCAAGGAGUGUGCCGUGGGUGACGAGGUACGGGUACAGAACUGUGUGUGCCUGCCGUUUAAGGAGUUGAAGCGCGACGUCGCCAACGAGGUUAUCAUGUAAAAGGAACAUGUGACUUUUUUUUGGAUGUUACAUGCAUAUUCUAUGAUAUCUGUUCUCUUUUCCUCUAUCCUUGGUCCCAAGUGACCAUUCUGGCUACGCCUUGUUGGCGGUCGGAUUGCCGAAACUACAUGCUUAGAUCUAUCUCCAACCUAGAAACGGACCAUGAAUGAAUGAAUCAUGUGUCCGUGGACAUCUCCCAAAUAAUAUCUUAAUAUCCC